UGAUUGUACAUCUGGCAUCAGAUGUAACCUUUAUAUAGUACCAUAUAGAUAUUCAUCGAAACGUACUAACUAAAAAUUCGUAUUCAAUAAGUUAGUUGUUUCAUAAUGAAUGCACUGGAACAAUUGGCGAAUCAAUUUGCCAAAUUGAUUAAAUUUGAUACAUGGGGUAAUUAUCCUGCAGGGUAUGAUCCAGCAAAACAUGGUCCAUAUGAUCCUUCUCGAUAUUACGGAAAACCUGAUACGCCAUUUGGCGAAGUAAAACUUCGUGAUUUACCAGAAUGGAUUGGCCGACGCGAGAAAGGAUUCAAACCAUUUGCAUCGUUAAUUUCACGAGCUCACUGGCGAUGGCAGUUAAAGUAUAUGCAUCCUAAAAAAGCAAAUAUGGCCCCAAUUUUUCAGCUUGUUGUGGUUGGUGCAAUAUUUGGCUAUGUUACAAAUUACUUGCGUAUCAGGGCGCAUAGAAAUUAUAAAUAUCAUUAAAAUAUUAUUAAAAUCAUCUUGAUUUAUUGUAUUAGUUAAGAAAAGUAAUGUCAAUAAUCUGUAAAAUCUAUAAUAUGAAAUAAAUGCUGCUUAAACAUUU